AUGGCGAAGGCACCGCGUCCCACCGGGCUGGUGGUGCCGACCAAGGGAGCACCAGCGCGGUCGAGGAAAGGGUCAGCGCCAGCCCGAGCCCGAUCGCGCCCGCCAACCCCGCCCAUCAAAUGCAAUGCCCGCCGAUCAGGAUCGCCGAGCCGAGCAACUCGGCCGCGCCGGUACCGAACACCAGCCUGCGCAUCGCCCAAAGCCUACGAAAAAAAAAGCUCCAACCCAAUGGAAAACAAUAAUAUGAUGCCGAACUCGGCGAAGGGUUCGAUCGAUUCCGGAUUGAGAUCGUCAGAUAAUAGAGCCACGGCAUGGGGACGAGCGAUCGAGCCCCUGCCGGCCCCACCAGCAAUCCCACGGGAUGAACCUGAUGACCGGGCUGACGCGGAAGCGGGCAAAGGCCAGGAUGACGAUCCCCGCCGAACCGAGGAUGACGAGAGCGUCGGAGAAACCUUGAUUGUCGAGCCGUAA